UAUAUAGUAAAUACAAUUUAUUUACCAUCCAAAAUCACCAGUGAACAUGCACGUAUCUUUUAGGCUUUUAUACGUCACGUUGAUGAUGAUAAAAUAAUGGUCAAUCUGAAAAAAAUUAGAUCAAAUUUUAGACCAAAACCUGAAUCACAAAACCACUGUAAAAUAAUAUCUUAGACAUCAGGCAUCGUAUUUGUGAUCAUUUCAUGUAACAACCUUCUGUGAGGGAGCUUUUAGAGCCAUUAAACUUCUCAGAUGUCGGGUUCCUAUCACCACCACUGUGAACAAUUCUGACUCUGAAUGAUUUUUAGAAUUAAUUAUUUAAUUUUGUUGACAGUUAACCAUUUAAUUAUGCAGACAUUUUGAAACAUCGGUGGAGUUCCCCUUUAAUUCACGCUCCACCUGAUCGCUAGAUACUUUUAUUUUGAAAUCCAACACAGUGCAACAGAGCCUUUUGAACUCUGAGCGGUACGGUUUCUGAAUUCACAUCUGUUGUCAACUUUGUUGUCAGUAACAGUUGUUGUGGAUUCAGUAACGUACAGGUUCAGCUCACUUUCCGCUACCGCACAACAUUUACCGACAAUAGUCCGCCAGCUUUAGCUGUAAUGAGUUAGUCCUGAGCGUUAUUCAGGUGAGCAAACGGUUAGGAGAUUUACAGUAUCGGCGUUAUUACACAGCAGCCGUAUUGAGCUCUUACCACACAAGCGGCGGCAAAUUCAAAACAGCCUUUACCGAAGAUUGCUAGAAAUGUCGCCUGGUAGGUGUGUAAAUACCGUUUGCUGAUGACAAUGUCAUGUCCAGAUAACAUUAGCAAAUCCAGCAAUUGCAGCUUUAGCUAGUUAGCUUAUGUGAGUUAACAACCCAACAACAGAAGAAGUGAGUAAAUUAACGCUAACGUUACGUUCCUUUUUUGUGAGAUGGCGGCCACUUGGUUUUAAAUGAACAGUCUAUCUUUUAGGCUACGAUAGACAUUCGGUGUUUAUAUUCGGGAUAGAUAAAGAAUAUCUAUGUAGCUGUUACUGUUUCCUUAGUAAUGGAUUAUGGCGCGUCUGUAUUGCCAAACAUCAACCUGGAUGAUUCCACAUCGAGCUCUGAUGCGGCAGAUGUUUUAAUUCGCUCGACUAAAGUUGUUUUGGAUAAAAACGGACAGGAAGGUGAUGGUGAAGGAGAGGUGUCAGGUUUAUCAAGUAGCUGCAACGUCAAUCUUUAUAUUCGAAGACUGUCAGACUCAACUCAUGGUGGUUGUUUUAUCCAAACCUCUAAUGUUAAGUGUGGUUUGAUGGAGCGAGUGGUUCCACCUGUGCUUCCUGCAAAUAUGCCUUCGUCUUUAAGCAGAGGACUUGAAGAAGAAGAAGAAGAAGAUCAUCUUGCACCAGAUUCAGCUACAAGGAAAAGACAUAUUCCUAGAGCAGGUAAAGUCAGGGUGAAAAGCUCAGGGAACCGUAUGAGGGAUGCUGAACAGAAAGACAGAGAUUUAUUAAUAUCAAGAUACUCUGCCGAUGGGAGAGGGGCAGUUGCAGCUGCACUGAAGCAGAGAUCCCACAGUGCACCAGUGAGGCGGGAGGUGAAGGUGCAGUUUCUGGAUGCAGGCACACUUCAGACCACUGAACUGCAAGCUCCCGAGCUUCAGCCUAGCCCUGCUUUUCCGUCAGGGGAUGCUGGGUCUGCGACUGUGGCAGCCAUUACAGCUGCUGCCAUUGCAGCCACAGCUCCACUUAUCAAGGCUCAGAGUGACAUGGAGGCUCGAGUGGCUCAGGUGGCCUCUGAACUGCGAAGGCUCCAGGAGAGCGAGGGCAGAAUGGACAGGGCACCAGAGAGCAGGGCAGGCAGUGCCGCAGACAGAAUGACCCAGCUGGAGGAGCAGCUGGCCGCACUGACCACGCAGAGGCUUCAGCAUCUGGAGAGAAUCCAAGGCCAGCAGCUUGAGCUCCAGAAUUGUCUUCUGGGCUCUGCACUGGGUGCUGUAACAGCACGUACCAACCCACCCUCACAGUCCACCCAGCGCUUUGAUAUAAUUCUGCCAGAGUCACUGCAAAGGCCAUGUUCUAGUGCACGUCACACUGUGGACAAAACUGCUGCUGGAGAUGGUCCUACAGUUGUCCAAGACCAAAGCAGAGAGACUCAAGCAAGAAGGGAAAAAAGUCCUCUUGAGACCCCUGCACCCCGAAAGGUCAUCCCCAGGCCAACCCACUGGAAUUCUGCAGCCCAGAGCAGCCAGACGAGCAGAAGCAAGACACAAAAAGCCACCCAGAUAAACUAUGGAAAUGGCAGGCUGCUGGAACAGAUCCCUAACAACCCGAGAUCUCCCACGAGAUGCCCAGCACAGUCUGUUGGGGUAAGGAGGGUUGCCAUAGAAACAGUCAAUGACAGCCAACCAGAGCAAUCCAGAGAAAACCAACCAGAAGCAUUCAUCUUCUCCACUGGAAGGGGUGAGCCAGGGGAGCAAGUUGAUGCUUUGACCAAGCCCCCUGACAAGCAGGACAUCCAGGCAGGCCUGAAGGACGUGACCUCUUUGACCCAUGAAGCUCUAGAAGGCUCCAGCUCAGCUGUACAGCAGGCUAAUGCCAUGCUGCAGGAUCUGAGCAAAAUCAAGAAUGAGAUGAGAAACUUGCUCCAGACUGCUGAUGCAUUUCCUGUGAAGAGUGCCGAGGCGAGUCGUAGCAGCAGGAGCAGCCGCCCCGCACCCCCCACCCUGCCCUCUCCUCCUCCCAUACCCCCUGUCUCCAUGGGUGAUGCUGUCACUUCUAAGGCUACGCCGCCGUCCUGUCCCAGCGUGCUGCAGAAGAGCCAGCCGCCCGCCUCCCUGUUUGAAGAUGCGGGGCGAGUCCUGAGGCAAGUCAGACACAGCCGAAAGGUUCUGGAGGAGAACCUGCAGGCUGUUGUGAGAGCCAAGGAUGGAGAGGUCCUUCAUACACAACUAGAGGCGCUGUCCAACAACAGGGAUGCCAGCAAGGAGCUGAGAAUAAAGAAGACUGUUGAUGCCUGGAUCAACACGCUGAGCAAGGAGAUUCAGGAUGAACUAGUGCACCCAGGCUCCACUGCACGGUCGAGAAGUGUGGAGAGAGGCAGCGGGGCAGCAGCGGCCUCAGCGCAGCGAGACCAGGGCAGCAGGAACAUGAGCACAGCUGGGGUUGGGAAGGGGGGCAGAAAGGUGGAAAGAGAGGGGAAAGGAGCUACUGCAGUAGCAGCAAGAAGAACCCACACUCAGAGAGAGUCUAUUAGAGCACAGGCAGCGAGCACACAGCCAUCCAGCCAGCAACUCAACUCCUCUCUCAGAAACAAAGCUGAGCCGCAGCCACAGGCGUCGGUGGUGCCGAGGUCUGAGGGUGAUGAGGAAUACUUGGCGAAGAUAUAUGGGAAGGCCCUGCACGAGGGGCAUCGACGUACAUUGAAGAAAGGACCCUACCUCCGCUUUAGUUCUCCCAUUCCAAAAUCCAAAAGCCAGCGUCCUAAAGUGAUCGAAAGCGUUAAAGGCGUGAAGAUGAAGUCCUCCAAGACCCAGACUAGCGUGUCUGGAGCUCAUGAUGUUUCAUCUCUGCUGCAACCUGCAGUCUCUGAGCCCCAGUACCUGUUCAGUCCCAGUGGCCCUGUACAACAGCAGCAGCAGCAGCCUGGAUGCCCUCUGCAUGGCUUCCUCAUCCCUAUGGCCAUCCCACUGGGUAAGCCCAGAGUUGAUGGCAAAGCCCCUUUGCCCUCCCGGGUCAUCAUAAGUGACAAACCUGCGACAGUGAUAACCUCGCUCCCUCCCACCACCGCCCCUAAAGUGACUCCUCCUGUCCGCAAGCCUAACACGGUGCUUCUGGAAGUGCACUCGGACCCCAGGAGACCUACCCCACAGCUCCAAAUACAGGUUCAGCCCAGUGUGAACAUAGAGAGUGCAACAUCCCCAGGUCCUGGUCUCUCUCCUCCUCUUCACCUCCCUCAUCCAUCUAUUCAGGCUGAAGCAGAUGCCCACGCAUUUGGUGAUGAGGAUGAGGAGGAUGACUGCUUCCCUGGAACAAAUUUCUUGGCAGUCGCUGAAGUCCAGCAGAAGCCUGAAGUGGAAGAAGAACCUCCAGAAGAAGCUCCUAUAGAGCUCAAUGGGUUACCCUCUCCUCCAGCUGCUCUCUAUCAUGGCCCAGCAUUCCCUGUGCAGCCGGCCCAGUCUGAACCUCUCUCAACGCCUGUACUCAGCACUAUUCAACACAGAGAGACCCUGGAGAACAGGCUUGUGGACUGGGUGGAGCAGCAGCUCAUGGCAAGGAUGAUCAGUGGGAUGUUCCCUCAGCCAGCACAAACAGACCCAGCCAACGAGUCAGAGCCAGAGGACAGUGUGACCUCAGAUAUAGUGGAGACGGCGGGCGGUGGAGGGUUGCAGCUGUUUGUGGAUGCCGGAGUGCCAGUGGACUCGGAGCUCAUCAGGCAAUGUGUGAAUGAGGUGCUGGCUGAAAUCAUCUCUCUAAUGCUGGGCCAGAGAGAAGGCUCCAGAGAGCCUGCUGCUCCUGCCUCAACACAGGACAUACACACCCAGCAGCAGCAGACUCCAGUACCAACACCAGUGCCCACUCCUGAGCCCAGUGUGAGAGAGAGUCCUCCACUUAUGAGGGAGGGGCUGUCUCCUGUUAGCACUCCAGAUCUCUCUGAGCAACCUUCUCCUGUUCAGUCACCUGUGCCACCUCAGCCAGCUUUACCAGAACCAGAAAAGGCUCCAGUGGGGACGCCUGCCAGCACGCCACUUCCAUCCCCCUGCAGGGUUGCGACACCUUCCCCCCCUCCAGAGCUGGCGGGCCUGUAUAACCACCCGUGGGGAGACGCAGAGCUUCCUCUAAAGGAGGAGGAGCCACACAGCGAGGAAGAAGAGCAGCAUCCACCACCACCCAGUGUGCUGUCCGUGGCCCAUGAGGAAGAGGUAUCUCCUGUUCCCUCCAAACCAGAAAGUCCUCUAGCUCCGGCAGUAGAGGAGCCUGCCCCUGCUCCUUCUGAGUCUCCAUCUGUGGAGGAGAGCAGCUCACACUUCAGCCCCUCCCUCACUGAGACUGAGACUGCAGCCAGACACAUCUCAGAGGGAGAGCUGCUGCUCAGCUGCGGCCAGAUGGCUGCAGUCAGAGCUUUGGAGGAAGAGGGCUUCACUCUGCCCAACAUAAUGACCAGCUUCAACAGCUCACUGCAUGGAGUCCAGGAUAUGGACUACGACCCCCCUAGUGAGGGUCAGGUGAUUAGGAGACCACUUGUUCCCGCCCACCAUGACCCAAUCCUGUCUUUGCUGGCAAGGAUGGAACAGGGCCCAGCCAGCCAAUCACAGCAACCGGAGAGAUCAUGGGAUGAGGAGAGCAGUGGGGAGGUGAGUGAGGGCCAACGACCAGUUCUGACUGCAGCUCAGGAGAAAGUGGUGACUGGACACUCUUUCAUACGACAUUGGCCCACCCAGUCCAAUACAGAGCAAAGUCCACACGCAACCCUGACCUCACCUGGACAGUUGCUCAUUCAGCACACAGGUGAGAGAGGUGCAGUAGCUGAGGACAGCGGGCUGUCAGUCAACUUCAGACCUUCAGAGGAACACACAGAGACUCUGCAUGUUCUUCAUUCGUUUGCUGCAUCUUCCCUUCAGCCAGGAGACUCUGCACACCAACAGGCUGCUGAGACUGCUGAGACUCCACAGAUGGUUCACCGGCCUGCUCCAAUUCUGGUGAAGCAAUACCAACACAAAGUGGGACCAGAAUCACUCAGCCAGAGAAGAAGCUCGAAUGACACAGAUGCUUUCUUUGAGAACAUGGGAGCUGAGGUUUCUCCACAUGCAGGAGGAGGUGUGGGGCUUAUGUCAGUCAGGCUGCCAUCAGUUCAGAAGGACAAUCACUCACCCAGUAUCAGCACUGUAGAGGGAGACUCAGACUCGGCCAAUGACGUGUUCUAGUACUCGUCUCCAGCAUUGAGACAAGUAGCUGCAGGGCAGAGAGGAUCAAGGAGCUCUGGGACCGCACUGAAUUAUUCAUUUACAUCCCUGUGCCUUGUGAAGGGACUGAAUGAUACGUCUCAUGGUUAGUGUGAGCAGGAGCUCUUGCUCAAGGGUUCUGCCUUAUCACCUUCAGGCACACAGAGUGACCUCACACUUGACAGCAUCUGACAUCUACCCGACUUGUGAUCUUACACCAUUCAAGCCAGUUGUAGUGGUUCAAGUGUGUUAAAGACCAUGUAAUAAAGCAUAAAUGAGUAACUGUGUUGCCCGACUGUGAUUUAUAAUUUUUAUUACUAAUAAAUAUUUUAUCACAAAACUUCAGUGGUUCAUUUCAAUAUCUGUCUGUUUCCUAGAAUCCUUUGUUAUUUUAGGCUUUUUUUCUAUCAUAUUCAUAUUUAGUUAGAUAUGA